UAACAAAUAUUGAUUGACGAUUGUUGAGGAAUAUUGUCACCGAGUGAAAAAUACUACGUAAAAAUGGGAAAUGAAAACUCUCUUCCGAUGGAGCUAUGCUCAAAUUUUGAUGCAGAUGAAAUCAAAAGACUGGGAAAGAGAUUUAAAAAGUUGGAUUUGGAUAACUCUGGCUCUUUAAGUGUAGAUGAGUUUAUGACUUUACCAGAACUUCAGCAAAAUCCAUUGGUGCAACGAGUCAUAGAUAUAUUUGAUACUGAUGGAAAUGGAGAGGUGGACUUUAAAGAGUUCAUUGAAGGUGUGUCGCAAUUUAGUGUCCGAGGAGACAAACUGUCUAAACUGCGAUUUGCAUUCAAGAUCUAUGAUAUGGACAAGGAUGGCUAUAUAUCAAAUGGAGAGCUUUUCCAAGUAUUAAAAAUGAUGGUUGGGAAUAAUUUGAAGGAUACUCAAUUACAACAGAUAGUUGAUAAAACCAUCACACAUGCUGACACAGAUGGGGAUGGAAAAAUCUCUUUUGAGGAAUUUUGUGCUGUUGUUGGAAACAUGGAUGUUCAUAAAAAGAUGGUCGUAGAUGUUUAACAUGGAUUUUUAUUUCAAUUUUUUAUUUAUGAAUCAAUUAUGUAAUUUAUUCCCAUGACAAUUGUUUCAAAUUGUUGAUUUAGAUGACUUUGUAUAUUUUAAGUUUGUAUAUACUUAAAGCAUUUAUACUUAUCACAUUAAAAGAUUCUCUUCUCAGUUUCUCUUAAUUGAGAGUUUUUACUUAUAUACAAGUAGAUUAAUAUCAUUAGAUGAAUUUACAGUGUCAGUGAAAAAUUAUCAUUUCCAGUAGUUUUUCCCCGUGUUAAUUGAUUUCAGAGUCAUUAAUUUUUAUAACAUACCACAUGUUGUAAAAUGUUGAGUGAAAAUUGUUUGAAAAAAUAUGAAAUUGAAAUGUUUUGACAUCAAAACUGUGAAAAUAUGCACUUUAAACCAUUACAAAUGUAAAAUAAGCAAGAUGAUAUUUUGGGCAUUUCCCUUUUGAGUGAUAUUUGAGUUUUUUCCCCCCUCGAGUGAUAUGGUCUGUAAUACAGAUAAAUACAUGCAAAACUAGUCUUUAAUUAAGCACUCCACAUACACUUCUAGUCAACGACUGCAAAUUUUUGUAGGGGGUGGGGGUAUAUAAUUAUUUUUUUACAAUACAUCAUUAAAAUAUGCAAAAUUACACACCAUGUCACUUUACCUUGAAAUAGCUUCAGAAUCUCAGAAUUAGACUUCAAACAUGUGCAUUUCCAUGAAGGGUAAUUGAUUUCAUAUUUAAAAAAAUCUGAUCUCACAAGAAUGUUGUUUUUGAGGAAAAGCGAUGAUACAUCUCAUUAUGUAAACAUAAAAGGUAACUUGCCUCUGCAAGGAUGAAUUUACCAUAAAUACAAUUUAGAUCAUUUUUCUGCAAGCACUGCAUUGUUUGAUAACGUGUAUUAUGAAUUUAUAUAUCUGAUACUUUAUAAGUGCAUGUCUUUGAUAAAACCAUGCAAUUCUGUAAAAUAUGUCCAGAAGUAAAAUUUUGAAAUUGA